UUAUCGGCUUCGGCGGCGCGACGUAAAGGCGAGCGCGGUGUUUGCCGGCCGCGCAGUCCGUCAGUGAUUCUCGACAAGUGCAGCCGAACCCUCGACACACGCAGCCAAAAUGCCCGAGACUUACGCAGUCGGCGAAAAAGACAUGGCCUCGAACGCGCUCACGCAAGUCAAGUCGAUCGCCUUCUGGCUAAAGGUGGCCCAGCUGAUCAUCAACAUCAUCGUGAUCGCGCUGCUCAGCGAGGGCGGCUUCAUCGCCAACAUUCCCAAGUGCUUCGUCGCCUUCGGCACGCCGUUCGCCUUUAUCAUCGUCAAUACGAUCCUCAUCACGGGCCUGCUGCUCGAAGAGGCCCUCUCCAAGCGAAUGAGCAUGGUGCUGACCGCGGGCGCAGGGUUGCUCUUCGUGACGGCCGGCGCCCUGAUGAUCGAGUCCUGGGUGAACUUCAAGCUCCAGAACGACCUGACGCUCGGCGCCGGGAUCCUGAGCAUCAUCCUGUCGCUCGUCUACUUCGGCGACACAGGCUACACCUUCAAAUUCGUGUGACCCUCCCGCCCCUCCCCUCCCCUCCCUCGAAGCGGCCCCCUCCACCGCCCUUCCGUCCACAAACAAUAAAACGUUCAACUGUUGAGUUUCUAUAAAAAAAAACG